CUCGAGCUGUGGGCGGGAUUUCCUCUGUUAUUUGAAAUCCGGAAGUGUUUUGAAACAGUCCAGCAGCAGGUUGACACAGCGGCGCGUUCGCUUCUGUUUCUGUGUCGCGCGGAUUAUGAGAGCGCGGGAAGGAGGUGCUGAGGGCCGCGUGAGCUGAGUCAACGUGAAUCAUCUAUAUGGGCCAUCUUUUCUCAAGAAAUGGUUACAGCCUGAAGAAGAAAACACGGAAGCUGCGCAAGAAGAAGAGGAGGAGGAACUGCUUCCUUCAGGGGCCCUGCAUGCUGUGCUUCAUCGUCCACGGCACUAGCGGGAGCAUCGAGGACGACUGGCCCUUCGAGAGCAGCUGUGCGGUGGCGGCAGCGGCGGCUGCGUCCAAACUCGCCGAGCGCUACGUUUCCUUGAACUCGCCUGAGGAGUGCGCCAAGUUCCUCCUCUCUCCGGGAGAGCUGGCCAUUUGGGAAGGCCAGGGUCGAAGUCUGCUGUCCGCCGUGCCGGCCAAGCUGAUCGGGCCCCCGGCGCUCUUCUGCGCCGUCGUCCCGGCCGCGGACUAUUCGGAAAUGGUGUGCAAGCGCAAGUGUGCUGAGCUGCAGCGGUGUACGCCCCGCAAGCAGCCGCGCUGUGCCUUCCAGGAGGCCAUGGAGAACGGAGAAGAGCGAGGAGACGGCGCCGCUCCGGAGAGCCAGUGCCUCCUGCCUUCGCUCUGCCCGUCCUCCUCUUCUUCCUCCCCUUCGGAGGAGGACGGCUCCGGCGUGGCGUGGCAUGCAGACGCGGGCGGCGCAGCGGCCUCUUCCUCCUCCUCCUCCUGCUGCUGCCAACUGUCCCAAAAUGAGGGAUCAGAGGAGGGAAAGAGCGCUGAAAAUACAGACACGUCCCACAUUAACCAGCUGCCCUCAUCCAUACUGCUCAAGGUGUUCUCUCACCUCUCGGUGAAGGAGAGAUGUCUGGGCGCGUCUCUGGUGUGUAAGUACUGGCGCGACCUCUGCUUAGACUUCCAGUUCUGGAAACAGAUUGAUCUCAGUGGCCUCCAGCAGGUUAAAGACGAUCUCCUGGUGAAGAUAGCAUCCAGGAGACAGAACGUCACUGAGAUCAACAUUUCCGACUGCCGGAACGUUCAGGAUCACGGCGUUUGUUCUCUGGCGUCCAACUGUCCCGGCCUGAUCAAAUACACGGCGUACCGCUGUAAGCAGCUGAGCGAUGUGUCUCUGUGCACCGUGGCCGUCCACUGCCCGCUUCUGCAGAAAGUUCACGUCGGAAACCAGGACAAACUCACUGACCACGCUCUUAAACUGUUGGGCGAACACUGCAAAGAGCUGAAGGACGUGCACUUCGGUCAGUGCUACAGCAUCAGUGACGACGGGCUGGUGGCGCUGGCGCAGGGAUGCAACAAACUACAGAGAAUCUACAUGCAGGAAAACAAACUGGUGACGGAUAAAUCGGUGCAGGCGUUUGCGGAGAACUGUCCCGAGCUGCAGUUCGUGGGCUUCAUGGGCUGUUCGGUCACGUCGCAGGGCGUCAUUCACCUCACCAGGCUUCAGCACCUGAGCAGUCUGGACCUGCGGCACAUCUCUGAGCUCAACAACGAGACCGUGAUGGAGGUGGUGAGAAAGUGCCGGAACCUGACGUCCCUCAACCUCUGUCUCAACUGGACCAUCAAUGACAGAUGUGUGGAGAUCAUCGCUAAGGAGGGCCGGAGUCUGAAGGAGCUUUAUCUGGUGUCCUGCAAGAUCACAGAUCACGCUCUGAUCGCUAUCGGUCAGUACAGCAGCACCAUUGAGACGGUGGACGCCGGCUGGUGUAAGGAGAUCACGGAUCAGGGCGCCACUCAGAUCGCCAAGAGCAGCAAGUCUCUGCGUUACCUGGGCCUGAUGAGGUGUGAUAAGGUGAACGAGGAGACCGUGGAGAGACUGGUGCUGCAGUAUCCACACAUUGUGUUCAGUACAGUGAUGCAGGACUGUAAGAGAACACUGGAACGAGCCUAUCAAAUGGGCUGGAGCCCCAACACAUCCACAGCCUCCUAACACACACACACACACAUGCACACACACCUGUCCAUGACGCCACUGCAGAAUCAAUAUCAUAACUAUGCCGUUUAUUCCGCCUUCCUUUAUCAAAUGACAUUAUGCAGUAGAAACAUCAAUAUUAUGCUAGAGCCGUUUGAUUUAAAUGUGAAUGAAUAUGUUCACACACACACCAUUCUGACAUGCAGCGCUGCAUUUAUUUAUAUUUACUAAACUCGUCAGGAACACGAUCAGCUCAUAUUUUACUCUAAAAUCAAGAGAGAGAAAUAAGAACUGGCUUUUUUUGUUUUGCAUGAUGCAUUAGGG